AUGCCCAGGGAGCAUCACCAAGCUGUGUCGUUCCUAGCAAUGUCCUCAAUGUACAGCCAAGCGAUCUUCGGGGGGAGGGGAGCUCUGGCGGCAGAAGACGCGGCAUCCUUCUGCAGCGGCUCCUCCGCGGGCUUCAGGGAACGGACAGAGACAGAGACUGUCAUUGGUGCAUUUAUGGGUCUUGAAGCUAGAGCGCACUCGGUCACGAUUAUAUCGCUGGGCGGCAGCGCGGUAUGCGACGCCGUGAUCUCAGUAACGAUGGCAUACCUGGGGCACUCACAUCCCGGAGACCCGCGCAAUUAUCACUCGGAUCGUCCACCUCGUAAUCAGAACUGGUGUCCUAACCUACCCGCCUUCUGCAGCGCUGUCCGCUAUUCUCGUCGUCGCCCUCUACGUCGCGCUACCCUCGCGCGCCUAUUACGCGCGCAUCGGCGCGAUCCAUACAGCAACUCGCUCUUCGUGCCCUUUAACACGCGGAUGCACAUCCGCGGCGGGCGCAAUUGGACCUCGUAUUUCCAUACUGGAGCCCCGGCCCGUGCUAGCGUGCGUUCCGCAGGUCAUGCUGCGGCCGCAGUAGUGAGCUUGGGCGCGCCCGGCGGCGUGACGACUAUGUCAAGCUUCGGCGGCGUGCAUGUCCACGAGCAGGUGUGGGUACACGGGCGGGAUGGAGAUGAAGGGGCGAACCUCGAGUCCGGGGGAGAACGCCGUCGUUUUCGAUCUCGCUAA